AUGAGGAACGGCAGUAGUGUGAGCACCAAGGACUGGGAGCGUCGAAUGCCACGGAUGACCUCAUUUGUCCGGCUGCUGGUCAAGGAGACAGAGAAGAUGGUCUCUUUCUUCUUCAAAGGGAGUGAAGAGUUUAUGGGAGAGGAUGAGGAAGAGAGGAGCAUUUACCUAGACAAGCCCGUGCUCAACAAGGAAAUGGAGGAAGGCCAGGUGCCUGAAGGCCUAUCUUACGCUCUGGCCAGCAUGCAGGGCUGGCGGGCCCAGAUGGAAGAUGCCCAUACGUGUGUGACUGAGAUGCCAGGAGAACUCGCCGACUGGUGCUUCUUUGCCGUGUACGAUGGGCAUGCCGGAAGUACUGUAGCUCAGUAUUGCUCCCGGCACCUACUGACACAUAUUUUAGCAACAGGUAAGGUGACACCUGAUGGAGACCCCGUGAAAGUCAAGGAAGGGAUCCGCGAUGGCUUCCUCAGCAUUGACAGCUGCAUGCACGACCUGACCCGACAAGAGAAGUGGGAGAACAGCGGCUCCACGGCGGUGGCAGUUAUGAUUUCGCCCCAGCACAUCUAUUUCAUUAACUGCGGUGACUCCCGGGCUGUGCUAUGCCGUGACGGACAUGUUUGUUUCUACACCGAAGAUCACAAACCCUUCAAUCCCCGGGAGCAGGAAAGGAUCCAGAACGCUGGGGGCACCGUGUUCCUGCAACGAGUAAAUGGCUCCCUAGCUGUGUCCCGGGCCUUGGGAGACUUUGACUUUAAGGACGUGGAGUGGCGGCUGCCCACCGAGCAGUUGGUGUCCCCAGAGCCGGAGGUGUACGAAGUGGAGAGGUCGUCAGGAGACGAGUUCUUAGUGCUGGCCUGUGAUGGAGUCUGGGACGCCGUCGACAAUGAGGAGCUGUGUGCGUUCAUCCAUAGUCGCCUGCAGAUUUCCAGUGAUCUGAAGGACAUCUGCGGACAAGUGGUGGACACGUGUCUCUAUAAGGGCAGCCGGGACAACAUCAGCGUCCUUCUGAUUGGCUUCCCUGGCGCCCCCCAGGUUUCGCCAGAAGCACUGCAGCAAGAGGAGGAGCUGGAAGAAGUCAUCAGCAACAAAGUGGCAGGUGAGCUCGAGUCGGACCCUUAG